UGUUCAGGGACUGCGCGGGUGCGCUCCGGGACUUGCGCGGGUGCGCUCCGCGGGUACGCUCCGGCCCCUCGGCUCCGCUCCCGCUGCAGCCCCUCGGCUGCCCCUCGGCCCCGCGGGUGCGCUCCGGCCCUCGGCGCUCUCUCGCGGGGUCCCCGCCGGUGCCGCCCCGGCUCCGAGGGUCCCGGCGCCUCCCGUCGGUGCGGGAUGUCCCCGCGGGCUCUGGCGCUGGCGCUGGCGCUGGCGGGGCUGGUUCUGGCCCCGGGCGCGGCCGAGGAGGGGGAAGCCGCCGUCGGGGCCGCCCCUCCAGGACCCGCCGCUUUCCAUCGCGCCGCCAAGGCGGCCUGGCGGCUGCCCGGGCGCUACGUGGUGAUGCUGCGGGCGGGCAGCGGGGCCGAGCUGCGAGGCACGGCCCGGCGGCUGCGGGCCCGGGCGGCUCGGCGGGGACACCCGGCACGGCUGCUGCACGUCUUCCACCUCCUGCCCGCCUUCCUGGUGAGGAUGAGCAGCCACGUCCUGGACGCGGCGCUGAAGCUGCCGCACGUGAAGUACAUUGAGGAGGAUGCCUACGUCUUUGCGCAGAGCAUUCCCUGGAACCUGGGCAGGAUCGUGCCGCCGCAGCCCAGCUCGGGAGCCUACAGCCCUCCCAAUAAAGGUGACCUGGCCGAGAUUUACCUGCUGGACAGCAGCGUGCAGAGCAGCCACCGGGAGAUCGAGGGCAGGGUGACCGUGACCGGCUUCGAGAGCAUCCCCGAGGAGGAUGGCACCCGCUUGCACAGGCAGGCCAGCCAGUGUGACAGCCACGGGACGCACGUGGCCGGGGUGCUGAGCGGGCGCGACGCCGGCGUGGCCAGGGCCGCCAGCAUCCGCAGCCUCCGGGUGCUGGGCUGCCAGGGGAAGGGCACCGUCAGCGGCACCCUCAAGGCGCUGGAUUUCGUCGGGAGGGCGCUGGAGGCUCGGCCCUUCGCCCCGCGGGUGGUGCUGCUGCCGCUGGCCGGGGCGCGGAGCCCCGCGCUGAACGCGGGCUGCCGGCGGCUGGCACGCACCGGAGCGGUCGUGGUGGCGGCUGCCGGCAACUACAAGGACGAUGCCUGCCUCUACUCGCCGGCGUCCGAGCCGGAGGUCAUCACGGUCGGUGCCAGCGACAGCCAGGACCAGCCUGCCUCCAUCGGCACCCUGGGCACCAACUUUGGCCGCUGCGUGGACCUGUUCGCCCCGGGGGACGACAUCGUGGGCGCCUCCAGCGCCUGCAGCACGUGUUUCACCGCGCGGAGCGGGACGUCGCAGGCGGCCGCGCAUGUGGCAGGCAUCGCGGCCGUGCUGCUGAGCGCCGAGCCCCGGCUGAGCCCGGCCGAGCUCCGCCAGCGCCUCCUGCGCUUCUCCGCCAAGAGCGCCAUGGACACGGCCUGGAUCCCGCAGGAGCAGCGCCUCCAGACACCCAGCAGCGUGGCAGGGCUGCCCGCCCGGCUGGCGGCAGAGGAGCCGCUGCUCUGCCGCUCGGUGUGGUCGGCGCGCUCGGGGCUCUCCCGGCUCGCCCGGGCCGUGGCUCGCUGUGCCGGCACCGAGGAGAUGCUCAGCUGCUCCAGCUUCUCCCGCAGCGGCAGCCGGCUGGGAGAGCAGGUGGAGGACCAGCACGGGCAGAAGCAGUGCGUGGCCCUCAAUGCCCUCCAGGGCCAGGGGGUUUAUGCCAUCGCCAGGUGCUGCACCUGGCCCAGGGCUGAGUGCCGGAUCCAGGCCAGCUCCCCCGGGACCCAGGGGGCCCAGUGCUCGCCAGGAGACCACGUGCUGACCGGGUGCAGUUUCCACUCCCCGUCCGUGGUGCUGGGUGUUGGUGGCAGGCCCGUGGAGGGGCUGGGGAGGGGGCCCAGCCGCUGUGCCAGCAGGACAGAGGGGAUGGCCCACGCCUUGUGCUGCCCCAGUGCCAGCCUCGAGUGCCGGCUGAAGGAGCACGUGGCCCUGGAACACGAGGGGAAGGUGACAGUGUCCUGUGAGGAUGGCUGGACGCUGACGGGCUGUAACUCCCUGUCCCAGAGCCCUGGCUCCACGGGAGCCUAUGCCCAGGACAAUUCCUGCGUGGCAGCCGCCGUUCCUGGCAGCAGCUGGGCCGUGGCCAUUUGCUGCCGGAGCCGGCAGUAGGGACAGCCUGAGCUGGAGGGGUGGCUCCUGUGGCACAGCAGGGAUGGAGCCCUUGCUGGACCCUGGACCGCUGUGUCCCUGGCUUGGUCCCUGGCUUGGUGCCUUUCCAGGGUUUCCAGAACAAUCCGUGCUCAGACAUGCAGUUGAUGGCCAAAGUUGUCUCCCCCUGGCACACAGCGGGGUCAGGAUCCAGGGCCAGCAUCCAGGGUGGCUCCUCAAGAGCUCUCCAAGCGCCCCCCAAGCAGCUGGAGCCCUGUGCCAUCACUGGAGUCAUCCCAGAAUCCCUUCCCUGCCAUGUCUUCCUACAAACACCUUGACAGAACAAGCCGUGCUGUUGUCACCCAACAUAGGAAAAAUCCACCACUUUUUAAAGAAAAAUGUGUUGUGAGGAUCACUCCUUCCUGUCCUGCUUAGUUGCUCAUUAGUUGUCAGCUAAUGCUGCUUAGCACUUGGAAAAUCUUAGUUUAGCCAUUUUUGGGCAGUUUUAUAAUUGCCUCAGCGUAUUCCUAGGAGAUUUCUUUACUUUUGAGUCAAGUGUAAGGACUUUAGUUUAAACAGCCUGCUUGGUUAAUUAGACUUUUAUCUGCAUUGCUACAGUCAGCUCCUGCUUCAUUAGUGCUUUUUUUGUUGUUGAGUCAAAGUUAAUGAUCUGCUGGUGUUAUGUGUUAACAGUUUCAGACACAUAGAACUGUAGGAGGCUGUAAUUCCUAAAAAAAAAAAAAAAAAGAAAAAGCUUUCAUAGCACCUUCGUUUUUACAUUUGUACCCUAAAUAUUUAUUUGGAGUUUUAUAAAUGAGCAUUUUAUAAGUGUCUUUUUAAAAUAAAAUUCAUAGA